AUGCCUGAACCAACUUCCAACAUUCUAACGACCCCUGUUAACAGAAUUUUAUUACUUUUGACUUCUGACACUGUUAAGAGUCCAUCGCUUGUUGAGUCAAUCACAAAUAAAUUCAAGCAAAAUAUAACCUCAAACGAAAUUCACCGCCAUGUUAUUGAUCGAAUCUCAAAUGGUGCAGCGAAACUUCCAAGCUGUUAUUUUUCUACAGUUUACUAUCUACCCAGCUCUUUUCAGGAGCAAGAAGAUUUGUUUGCCACUCAAAGUGUAUUGAGUUCUCUUUUUGAAGCUAUUGAAGUCAAUGGCACCUUACAAACCAUAUUACUUUCUUCAGAUUCUUCUCAGGACAUCCCUGUAAUCACACCCAAAAUGAUUACUUCAGCCAUUGUUGCUGGUUUUUUGCAAUCAGAAGACAAACUUUCAUUUAUUAAACCUCACCAGUUGGUAGAAUCAACUGCAGCUGCUACUCUUUUAAAUCGACGAUCCAAAAAACAGCCUGAAGAAUCGGUGGAAAAUACAACAAUUAAUUCUAAAAAGAAGCUUCCUAUUUUUAAACGGAAACAAACGGACAUAUCUGAAAAAGGAGCUAUUUCAUCUUUACCUCAUAAUACUGAUCAUAUUUCUUCCGGAGUUGUGAAGCUGACAUUAAGUGAUGAUUUUGAUGAUAAUGAUGAUAGUAUGGAUGACGGUCUUAUUGACGAAAACGCAUUAUUAAUAGAAGCAGCAAAAACUUUAUCUAAACCUAUUGUUCUUCCUCCCAGAUGCGACCCGGGUCCUGGAAAACGCCGUCGCAAAGCAUGCAGAGAUUGCACUUGUGGUUUACGCGAACUUGAAAUUCAAGAAGAAGAAGAACACCGCAAAAACCAAAAUGCUGUUAUUCUUAAUCUUGAUGGAGAUAAUAAGGACGAUGAUUAUGCUAUUGAUUUCACUGUUGCUGUUGGAAAACCCGUUGGCUCUUGUGGCUCUUGUGCUCUUGGUGAUGCUUUCCGUUGUGACAGUUGCCCAUAUCUUGGCCUUCCUCCUUUCAAACCUGGCGAAAUAAUUAAAAUUUCUUCUAUCAAAAAUGAUCUGUGA